AUAUAACUUAUUAAGUGAUUUACUUUAAAUAUUAUUUUCCUCUUUCUGAUUUACAGGCAAAAUAAGGCAGAUUUAAGUAGUAGAUGACAGAUUCCAACAGGUCCAUUUGGUCAUCACUCAGACAGUGUUUACAUAGAAUAGGAAAUCACUCAAAUCAAGAUCAAAUUGAUGAAAUGGCUUACAAGGCAGUGGCAAACAGUAAAGGAGACAAUCCAAACUAUGUAGAACAGUGGGUUUCUAAAGUCCUUCACUUUUCUUCACAGUAUGAUUCUCAAAGUUGGCCAGCAUCUUGUGUUGAAGGACAACCUAGGGUGUACCCAAAGUAUGGUGAUAUAGCUGGAGCUUGGGCUCAAAAACAAAAAGAUGCUAAUCAGUUUAUUGAGAUUGAAUAUGAGGAGAAGAUCUACAUUGAGAAAAUAGAAGUUUAUGAGACAUACCAUGCUGGAAUGGUUAAGUGUAUAAAGGCAAAACAUCCAAAUGGAAGUUGGGUUAAAGUAUGGAAUACUCCCAAAGUCAGUUGUAUUACACAUAGUAGGAUAUUUUCACCAGAGUUUCAGAGACUGUCUUUCCAGAGCAAUUUACUAAGGAUAGAGGUUGAUUGUACAGUAGCCAGUAACUGGUGUGAGAUUGAUGCUGUAAAAAUAUCUGGAACAAAAUUCAACUUUGUGUUGCCGCCUUCUCCAGCUGAUAUUACCAAUGACCUGGCCAAGCUUGUAAACAAUUCACAGUACAGUGAUGUGUCGUUUAAUGUAAAUGGGAAUAUAUUCCAUGGUCACCGUGCUAUCAUGUCUGUAAGAUCAGAAUAUUUCAGAGCUAUGUUUAGUUUUGAUGGUACCAGUGGAAAGAAUUUAUCAGCAACAAAUUAUGAUAUAUCUGACAAAUCCCCUCCGUCAUAUGAAUCACUUUCGAAGUCACAUGAGAAACCAAUUGAGUUAAAGGAUGUGGAUGAGAGAGCUUUCUCAGUCAUAUUACAUUACAUCUACACAAACAAGCUACCACAAAACUGUCAAAGUCAGGUUCUUCCGAAGGUUUGGAGAACUGCAGACAGGUUUUCCUUAGAUGGUUUGAAGUCAUUAGCCAUCUUUGAACUGAGUUCAGCAUUAACUAUACAGAAUGUUGUAGAGGUAUAUGUAGACGUAAUUUCUGCACUUCCUAUAAUAGAAAGUAUCAAAACGAUUUGUGAGAAUUAUAUGCAGGAAAAUAUGGCAGAGGUAGUACGAUUACCAUCAUUUACAUCACUACCUCAAGACAUGAUGUUAGAGCUUAUACAGAAAAUGACUGAAAAGAUGAAGAUAUAAUAAGUUGAAUUUAUGUAGCACUGUCAAAAGUAUGUUUAUCCUCAUUUCUGAAUUAAGCGUAUCACCUUUAUUUAUAAUUCCACUGAAGUUGUUUACAAUUAGUCAUACGUAAUUCGUUACAUCAGUUUUAAAAGUUGAAGUUUUCUUUUUUCUGUUACUUAUUCUUAUAAAUUUUAUAUAUUUCCACAAAUACAUUAUCAUUGAAUGUAUAAUGAUAAUAUUUCUUGAAACAUUGUAUUAAUCAUUUUUACUAUAGAGAAUUUGAUAUUCAAGCAAUUCUUUUUUAAUCCAUUUUUUUUUAAUAUGUCUUAAGAAAAUAUACAGUUUAAGUUUCAGUACUGUAGCACAAUCAAAGUUUUUGUAUACAAUAAAGUUAUAAGUUGAUAUUUAUUUUUUGUUAUCCUUUAUAACAAAUAUUUUUAGAGCAGUAUUGUUUUUAUAACUGAACAAUGUAAAUUUUAUCAUAUGUUAAAAAUGGCAGUACAUGUUUAUUUUUUUGUUUUAAUAUUAUUGCAUUUCACCAGUCUAAAUGUUUUGUAGAUUUAAUCUACUUUUUGUUUUCUUUAAAGAAAAUAUUUAUAAUUUUGUUGAUUGUUAAGUUAUGGGCACAACAUUGUUAUAGAUUUAAUCUUUCUUUUUAAUUAUUAUGUUUUCAUGAUCUAUAAUGAUUCAUAUUAACUGUUAAAUAAUAACUUCUCUUGCAUUUUCAAAAUGAACUCCCAGUAAAAAGUAAUGAUAAAUUUUAAAGCAAUUAAAUCUAUUCUAGAAAGUACUUAAGCAUUUGAACCUGAACUAAUUUUACCUUUCAGGACCUUGUUUAAUACAUAGACCUUUGUCUUUAAUAAAACUUGUUUGAUAUCUUGUUUUUAAGUUAAGAUUUUUAAUAAGUAGAUUUAUGAGGGCUGAUCCAAAAAGUCAUAACUAAUGAUUGUAGAUGCUAAGAAAACCAUUAAUGAAUACCUGUAAAUUAUGCAUAAAAGCAAAUUCUUUAAAAAAAAAUAGAGUACAUUAAUUGACAUUUGCAAAGUCAUAUGUUGGAAGGAAUGCUAUUUGAAUGAACCAUUAUACAGGCAAUUUUGCAUAGCAAUUCAAUGAUAUUAUAAGAAUAUCAAGUUUUUUCAUCAGUCCUCAUAUUCAUCAUAACUUUAAUGAUUGAUGCUUGGUGACUAUCAUGGUAGUUUUAUUUUUACAUUACUUUUAUUUUAUACUUCAUAUACUUUAUACUUCUGUGAUAUAUGUGUGUGUGUUAAUAUGAUUGCAAAAAUGUUAUGUUCACUUUUCCAUAUAUUGUAAUAUAUGUACCAUGUUUGAUGUACAGGGUUUCCCCUAGGUAUUUUUUUAUUUUUUCGUCACCUAUCUCUUCAGACAGAUUAUUUUUUAGAUAAAGAAUCUUUAAAAUAAAACUGCAUUUUAUUGAUGUGUGACAUUUCUGGUCGUAACCAUUUCAGGAUUCUUGUGUUUACGGUUUUUCAAUUUGUAAACUAGAAGCUCUGAUUUGGUACCCAUUUCAUACUUGUUAAACACUGGUUUUUGGACUGAAAUUAAUUUUCUUUCAUGAUAUAAUUCUCUUAUAAUCAAACAAUAAGACUGAAAAAUGAGACAGCUCAAGCCUACUACUAGGGCACCAUCAUCUCCACACUACACAGUCCUGUAGUAGAUACAGGUUUCAGAAUUUAAGUUAGAAGAAUUGUCCCAAUUGACCGCUAAAUGCUGUAAGUAGUACAAAUGUUUGAUUGUCCAUUUUUCUGUUUUUCCUAAUCGUAAAAAGGUAUAAAACAUGUGAUUGAAACAACAUUCUCAAUGACCUUUAAUAAAGUCUCAAGGUUAUAGAGUGAAGACAUUUCAAUAAGACCAGUACAGUAUGAUUAUCACUUAAUUGCUUGAUUGGUUAUUGUCAGUGGCUGUAACAGUUUUUAUAACACCAUCAGCUGAUUAUUGUUUUCCUCUCAUUUUCAAAUCAUGUGACUUACUGCACUUUUAUUCAGUAAACUCUGAUGAAACAUCAGCGAUGGAAACCAAAAAUCCUUUAAAGUUUUGCCAAAUUGUUUUAGUAAUUGUUUUUUUUUCUCACCAAUUUUUUUUUCAUUGUCAGUUGCAAAUUAGACAGACAGCGGAAACCCUGUAUUAAAUAGUGAUGGGCACUAUAUCAGUUAGAUUAAUAACUUCAUAUUAUAUGUAUUUAAUUGUUGAAUUCUUUUUUUCUUCUGGGCAUGUCUUUGUUCUUGAAUAUAUUUCUGUUUUAAGUUUUGUGGAUAGUUAUAAUUAUAACUUUGUUUAGUAUAUUUGUUAAUAUUCUCAGGGCGUAUUAUCAAUCAUAUUUUUUAUAACCUCAUUAUACACAUUAUACACAUGUACGAGUAUUAGUUACUGACACAGUUUAUACUUUUGAUGUUGUUAUUUACUUGAUUUUACAAGUUAAAUAUUUCAUGAAAUAUACUUGUUUGUUAUCAGACAUUGGUAAUCAUUGAUUAAUUUAUAAAAUUUACCACUACCUUA